CGCUUACUUCAUCCUCGCAACGCCACCACGACGAAAGAUAGUAGCAUGUGGGAUUUCGAUCAUCUUUAACUUGGCUUCUCUCCGGAUCUUUAAUCCUGACGCUGGUAGGAGAGGUCGGAACAUUGUUGCGGGAAUUCAAAAGAGGCGGAGUGGCUAGAAAGGCUUUGCCGCUGCAGGUACCAACCAACAUUAGAAGAAAAGACAUCAUGAUGGCUGUGCGCAAUGUGGCUGAUGCUGACUAAUCUUGUGGCUGGGCAGACGGAGAGCACGUGGAGAUAAGUGAUGCCCAGUUCGAUAAGCAAGAUGCGCUCUUGUCCCGAUGCAGUGCAGUAGUACACUGAUACAUUGUAGUGCACCCGCCCACUUCCAUCACCCUUUUCUCUUCCCACCACCUUCAACCCGCGAAGUGGGACACUCGACUCGAACCUCUGAACUGCCCCAUAACAAUGAUGAUGCACUUGGACGACUUAUCACCACCUCCUGAUGUGCCGGUGGCUACUCGUAUGCAACACCCGCACUACACUGGCAUUGCUAUCCAGUUCUGACUCAGGGGCUUCGCGCUUCAAAUCCUCAAGUCCAAACCAUCAGCUACGGAAGCCACGGUCGCCGCUGCCGGAAAAUGGCGUGCUUAUGAACCAUAAUGUAAAAGACGCACUGAAAAGGGGGGUCUUGUGAAUUGACCACAGGCAACCUCAAUCAAGCUCCGAAUGACAGGUUGUAGGCGAGAUGAAAGGAAGAAGCCAGCCAUUCCCACUAUAGUUUCUCGAGAGAGCUAUGCAUGGGCACGUGCCAUGUCACCCUGGCCCGUGCCCCAGACUUCGCUUCUCCAUAUUCAAGUCUGCGGGACUUUUGCUCGGCAAAAGUCCAUUACGCCCUCACACGCCGAGAUGACAAGAAGAGGCAAAAUCUUGUCUUCCUCAACGGCUAACGAUGUUACUAACUCUUACUCUACCUAUUUUUUCUGUCUGCAACAUCAAGAAAAAGAGAGGCACCUUUCGCAGAAUGUGGCCCACAAAGGACUUGCUCAAUGGGUUGACCUGUCAAAAGGGCUCACCCUCGACUUGACGCCUGUCAGUUCCGAGCUACUGACUCCUUAGUGAACAAAUGGACAAAUGCUUGUUUGCCCGUGCGAUCGACAUGAUUGGAUUGGCUUGAUGGCGCCUUGAAUGCUAGACCCAGAGGCCAGACCUUCUGAGGGAUCGAGCCGAAGCUUGCCAUCAGGUAAAUUGCAUUCCUACAAUUGCAUGCAAGGAGUGCCUGGGCCAUCUUGAUGAUUUAACUUCGCCAUGGCCACCUCCUGUAUACGGUGGGUUUCAAAGUCAUCGUUGCAGUACUUCCUUGGACAGCUGCCGUGGUAGGGGGCCCAACCUCAUUGACAAAAUUCUGUACAAACCAAACAUAUACUCAAAAAUGGUCAGGAGCUUGUGAAAAGGUCUCGUUCAAAAUCUCCCGGGUUACAUCCACGCACUUCCGUACGGUCACAUUGCACCCAGGGCUUGCUCACGUAAAGAAACGGCGAGCGAGUGAGCAACGACAGUAUGGGAGGAACAUAUCAUGCGAUCCGUCUCUCGGAAGAUCAGAACCCCGCGAUCGAUAGUCGAGACUAUGCCGACGACGAGCAUGAGGCCCAACCCGCGGACGAAGUGACAUACAACACCCCCCAGCGUCGGCCAAGAUGGCAGACAGCAGGAGCCAAAAGCCUCAGCAUCCUCAAACAUAUCCGAUUUUUUCUCCCCAGCUAUCUACAUCAGCGUGAUCCUGCGGGCGGCCGCGAACGCAAGCUCCAUCCUACAGCAUACCUGGAUGCUCUGAGAGGCUACGCGGCAGUGUGUGUGUUCAUCUACCACGCAUUCCACCUGCCCAAUAUAUGGUUUCUACAACUGCCCAUCAUCCGCGUCUUCUUUGACGGCGGAUCCGGAAUGGUGGCCAUUUUCUUCGUCAUCUCCGGUUAUGUGCUGAGCUACCGGAUGCUGCAGAUGAUCCGCAACAAGCAAGCCGCACGGCUACACGACUGUCUCGCCUCGUCCACCUUCCGGCGGUUCAUCCGACUCUACGGUUCGACAGGAGUAGCAACCCUGGUGGCGGCCAUCAUGGUGACGCUACGCUGGUAUAUACCAUAUGGAAUGAAUCCUCAGCCCACGUUCUGGGCCCAGCUGUGGGACUGGUUUUUGGAUUUCGCCGUCACCUGCAACCCGUUCGCCGACAUUCAGGGCUGGGUACAUGAUGGGGUGUUCCGCACCAGAUAUCUCGACCAGAUGUGGACGAUCCCGAUUGAAUACCGCGGCAGCAUCAUUUUAUUCGUUUUCUGUGCGGCGUCGAGCAAGUUGUCGACCAUGUCGAGAUGGAUUUUCCUGUCCGAGUUUUUGUUUGGCAUGUUCGUCGCCGACCUCUCGUUGAGCCGGCAUCCGGAGCGUCUCGGUGGACAUGCUGCUGCCACUACUACUACUCUUCCUCCUCCACAACCGCUGCCCGUUGUCGUGAUGACAGCAAACGACCAAGUGGCGAUCGUGCAACCCGAAGUGGGAGAGGAAGGCGAGAGCGGAAGCGAAGGGGAAAGCGAAGAAGAAAGAGAAAUCAUGCAAGAGAAACUUUUUGCGUCUUCGUCUGCACAACAUCGUCUCCGGCGUCAUCGUCGUCGUCUCGUCGCCAUCGCCUCCACCAUCGGAUGGGUUUCUGUCCUUCUGUUGGGCUUCAUAUUGCUGGGCCAGCCAGACCGACAGCACACUCCCGACCUGGGCGCCACCGACGGGCAGUUCCCGUGGCCCAUUUUGGCACGCAUGAUUCCGCCAUGGUACGGCGACGCAGCGUACACGUUCUGGAUCAGCUUCGGGGCCUUCUUUGUCGUCCUGGCCCUCGACUCGUGUCCGAUCCUCCAGCGACCGUUCGAAUGGCGCUUCUCCCAGUACCUUGGCGACUUGUCGUUUGGUAUUUAUGCCAUGCACUGGCCGAUUGUUUAUGGCCCGUACAGAUUGGUCAUUGAGCCGUGGCGCGCCGCCCAUCUCGGCGAGUCGCAUCUUGCUCGUCUGCCGGGCGCUCUUCUUACUGCUCUUGUCGUCCUCUGGGUCGCAGAUUACUUUACCCGUGUGGAUAAGAUGGUUGUUCGGUCUGCCAGAUGGUUGCAGAACAAGACGUUUAUUAAAUGGGAUUGAUUGACUUGACUACUAGUAGUCAGUAUAUGUGAAGAGGCAAAGAUGAAAAAUGAAACGAGGAAAAGAGAGUUGUUAUUCAUGAUAUUGUGGUUUGCAUUCUUACACUAUAUUACUACCUACCUAGGUAUACUACUACCUACUAUAUGUGACUAUACAAUCCUAUUCGACACUACUACACUAUGCCUACCUUGUAUGCUGCAAUACUACUGUUACACCGCCACGCCAUGGGGUCGAGGUGUCUACUACUAUCCUACUACCUGAGUAUCUGAAUGGAUGAUGAAGGUAGCUGAAUACCCUGACUUGACAAGCCUGAUGGAUGCAAAACUGGGUGCUGUGUCUGUCUCUCCUUCCAAUCUCCAAUCAACCUGUGUAGUAUGUACACAGUAUUAUUAUUGAUAUACUAUUACAUAUAUUAUGCACCAUCAGAUAAUAGUAUACUUCCC